AAAAAUAUUUUUACGGUAUUGGCGGGCAUUUGUCUUGAAGCCGUGAAGCGUAUUUAAUAACAGUAAUACAAUGAAAAUAAACAAAUAUAUAUAUUAAUAGUGAAACCGAGGAAUCUGGUGUGAUUUCAUGAGUUGAUUCAGUAAGCAGCGGUGCGAUGGGUCGUGUAAAGUUCAUGGUUCAUGGCGCGCGGCGUUGGCGGGAGCUGGAUCUACAAACAGGACGCGUGGACGGCUGGGGCCCUGUAAAGUUCGUGGUUGUGCAACGCGGGCGCCUCAACUUGGAGCCCCGCGUGCGGGUGCUUCGCGCCCUACGCGCACUGGCGGCCGGCGAGCGCUCCGCCGCGCGCGACGGCCCGCGUCUAUCACAAAUACGCAUAGAUACCGAGCAAAGGGAUGAUCACAGCAGAGAGGUACAGCAUAUCGAAGGGGAGGCUACAGGGCUUUGUUGUCGCCUACAAACCACUAAUGGCGCCACUGACGCUAACUUCAACAGUAUACCAAAAACCACCAAAAACCAGGGCGUGCAGUGCCAGCAGAUGGUGAGUGUCGGUGUGCAGGCCACACCCUCACCCUCACCCACAGCUGCACUGGGUGAGACAUCUCAGACAGACAGAAACAAACCAAGUCAUAGUGACCAAGUCAAGAACAACAUCCACAAACGUAAAGAUGUGACAAAAUCCAAGCAGAACAGAAAAGAUGUUAGAGAAUCAAACAACAAUGAAAAUGUUCACAGCCGUAGUAGGAAACUCAGAAAAUCAGAAACCAAAGUAGUUCUACGGAGAAGGAAUGAAACGUGGGAGGCCAUAGGAGCUGGUGAAGAACAGUCUCCAAAGAAACAUAACAAGCAUAGACAAGAGCAUCGAAGUAAAGGGAAGAGUCACAAAAGGAGUCAUGUUCAGAAAGAUAAAGCUAAAGAUUUGUCACACAAAAAAAAGAUGGAGAAAGAGAGGAAAGUCACUCGGAAUGCAGAACAAGAGAAUUCUCAAGAUGACAGGAGAAAUAAAGAGAAUGGAGACGUGCAGUCUACAAGUGACAGUGUGUCCACAAGUGACAGUUGUAGAUCAGUGACACAAAACACAGAAAGUGACAAAAGUGAAGCGACUGAUGAGACUCAAACUGAGAACUCUACGUUCAAGGAGCUGCUGAUCACUGAAGACGUGGUGGACCUGCUGGGCGACUUCCUGACGCGCGACCGGCGCCGCUCGCUCGGCGACCCGCAGCGCUACUACCACGACCUCGCGUACCGCGCCGAGCUGUUCUACCGGCUCAACCCCACGGUGUCGCUGCAGCGCUGCCCGCGCGUCGGCGAGCUGCUGCGCCGCCGCCAGCGCGCCUUCGCCGCCACGCUGGGCCUGCGACACGUGCCCAGCGACGGCGAGGAUGACGUCACGGCCCGCCCCGCGCGCCCCCUCCGCCCGCGCCCCGCGUCCCUCAACCACUCCACGUCGACGUCGCGCUCCAAAAGCACGACUCAUUCCACUCGUACUAAGGAGACUGGAAGAACGCGCAACUUGACUCCCACUCACACCAAAUUGCCCAAUCCUACUCGCUCAUCCUCAUCCCGUUCUACUCCUUCAGCUCGUUCCAGUCGCAAAGCUUCGUCCAGUCACACCAAAUCGCCCAAUCCCACUCGCUCAACCUCGCCCCGUUCAACUUCCUCAGCUCGUCCCACUCGCAAAGCAUUGCCUAGUCACACCAAAUCGCCCAAUACUACUCACACAAAAUUGCCCAAUACCACUCGCACCAAAUCGCCCAAUACUACUCACACCAAAUCGCCCAAUCCCGCUCGCUCAACCUCACCCCGUUCAACUCCCUCAGCUCGUUCCAGUAGCAAAGCUUCGCCCAGUCACACCAAAUUGCCCAAUUCCACUCGCUCACCCUCAACCCGUUCUACUCACAAGCGCUCAAUACGCCGUACACCCACGCCUCGUCUCACUAGCACGCGAUCUCUGCGCCGCAAUCCCUCGCCUCGUGUGACUCGCACGAAAUCGCCCAAUCCCACUAGCUCACCCACGCUCCGUCCCACUCACACUAGCUCACCGCGCCAUAAACCUUCGACUCGUCCCACUCGCACGCUCUCGCCUCGGCAAGCGCGCUCCCGUGCAGCGCGGAAAAUUGAGAAAGGUACGAUCCGAGAGUACUCCGAGCAAGAGGACGCGCACAUAGUGCGCUGGCUGCGCGCGGAGGGACGCGCGCGCCUCGUCAACGGCAACCGCGUGUGGUGGGAGCUGCCCUCCCAGCACGCCGCCGCCACCGGAGUGACCCGCACCUGGCAGUCCCUCCGCAACCGCUACCUCCGGUACCUGCUGCCCAGUCUCGGAGCCCUGGAGCUGCCGCCCGAGGAGGCGACGCGGUUGCGCGCUUCCGCCGCCGCUGGAGUGAUGCGACGAUUGUCACCGGCAAGGACACACCGACCAGUGUUGCAAACUGCUUCCAAUGUGGUGGCUCGCAAACGGAAAAUGCUGUCGCCAACACCAGAACCGGCUGAACUGCCAGUAGACUUCAUCCGAACACCGACGUACGCGGGACUCUCCAAGCGGUACGCUUUAGAAAGCCGCUCGACACCCGACUCGGACGUUCAACCUCGAUUGACACCCACCAAUACAUCUGAGUCUGAUGAGUCCAACUCCAACGGCAGCGAUUACAACCCUAGCACCAGCUCCGAGGGAAUACAACCACGCCGUCGCAGCAAACGGUUCAGGUCGAAAUCGCCGACACACCGACAAAAAAGCGACAGAAAUCGCCGACAAACUCAAACAGACAGUCCCAAAGUUCGUGGACAAAACGGAACUGUAUCAAGUACCGAUGUGUUCAAUCAGGAGAAUCGAAAAAAACUCGAUCGAGAUAAGGAAGGCACUAGCAAAGAGAAUCAGAAGACCAAACGACGGAGUGGUAGACUCGAAAAACAAAAUGAAAAUCCGAAUGGUAGCGUCAGAAUUGAAAACAUUCCUAAUGGUGUUAUAACUGAUGAGAGACAACGUCCUAAUGGCCAGUUCCCCAGACACAACAGAAGUAGGGAGAAACUCGCCGACGCAUUUGACCGACAACACACCGACCCCGACAAAAUUGACCGACAAGCACCGAAACGUCGACGCCUCUACCACCCAAAUGCGAUGUGACGGUAUAAAUUUAAAAAGAAACGGGUUUAACCGACUCGAAUAAUGAAUAUUGUGUACAUUUGUGUAUAUAAAUAUGUGACAUGGUGACUUAUUAUUUAACCAAUGAGAUAAUCUCGUAAAGAGAAAUAGACAAAUUUCAACAAAUGGCGACGCAUCUUUCAUUGCAUUGGCAUUAAAAGAGACUGGAACAACUCUGUCGCCAUCGAACGAUAUUGUCUAUUUAUCUACACCUGUGCGUCAGCAUGCGACCAACGAGAUAAUCUAAAAAGAGAAAUAGACAAAAUUCAACAAAUGGUGGUGCGUUGGGACGAAAGAGAUGGGACUGUAACUCAGACCAAUUACCUUCUAUAGGACCUGUCCCGCUAGAUGUUACCCCUCUGCCAAAACUAUGUGAUCAUGAUCUAACGUAUUCAUACAAAGCGCGUCUAGAAUCGAUGUUUCAUUGUGUUAAAAUUACACGCGUGUGUAUUACAAUUUAAAAUGUAUAGUUGUGUGUGGUGUAGAGACAGGAUAUAUUUAUUGGUGUUAAAUAUUUUCGAUGUGUGAGUUUACCUCAUCCCCCUAAAAAAACGACAGACUAUAGAAGGUACUCUACCAAUAGUAGAACAACUCUUUUUUUUUUUUUUUAUUCUUUACAAGAUAGCCCUUGACUACAAUCACACCUGAUGGUAAGUGAUGAUAAAGUCUAAGAUGGAAGCGGGUUAACUUGUUAGGAGGAGGAUGAAAAUCCACAUCCCUUUCGGUUUCUACAUUCCGACAUCGUACCGGAACGCUAAAUCGCUUGGCGGUACGUCUCUGUCGGUAGGGUAACAUUAAGAAAACCUCAAUUGGCCCAGCCGGAGAUAGAACCCAGGACCUCCGUCUUGUAAAUCCACCGCGCAUACCACUGCGCCACGGAGGCCGUCAAACUCUGCCGCCGUUCGACGAUAUUUUGUCUACUUCUCUACACUUGUUCGCAUAUUAGCACUAAUGGUGACUAAUUUGAACAUAUAGAUUAUAUUGGUUAGAAGUAUGUACACACAUAGUUUAUAUUGUUCAUUAUUUUUAGGGUUCCUUAGUUCAAAAGGAAAAACAAUGAAUCCUUAAAUAUUCACUUUUGUCCGUCCGUCUGUUUCUUUAUGUUCGGAACGCGUAUUCAGUUGAAAUUAAAACCAUAAUACACCUACUCAUGUAUAUGAUCCCUUGUAGAUGUGGAAAAAUCAAUCUUCUAAGAUACAUUAAAAAGAUACCUACCAUUUAUGCCGCCAUAAACGUAUAUUUUGACCACAGAAUAAAGAAUGAUCCAGAAUGAGUAUUUACAAGCAGCGUGGUGAAGCCGGUGAAACCUACAUUGACCUCUUAUAAUAAAAGGACGCACAAUCAUAGAGAAAAUUUCACUUAAAAACUGGCCACUUUUGCUUUGACAGUUUUAGAAUUAUUGGUAAAGGAAAUUAUACCUUAAGUCCUUUAAAUAUUGUCCAAUAUUGAAUAAAGUCCCAAAUUCAAAGCAAAUUUAACCUUAAGGAUAUGAACCUUAAAGGUUGACUUUACAAAUGUGACUACUUGAAUUGAGUGCCAAGAAGUUGUGUUUGGCACUCAUUGAGCGGGGACGUUUUUUGGUCGCUGAUUGUGCAUCCACUUUUUAAUAGGAGAUCGAUGCUAAAUCAUAAAAAAAAAAAUAUUUUAUUUUAAACUACAUUUAAUCAAUACUUUAGGUUAAUUAAAUAGUAUUAAUAUAUUUGUACGGAACCCUCGGUAGAUGAGUCCGACUUACAUUUUUCCUGUUUUAAUUAUAAGAACUGUUAUUUUCUUGUCUCAAUUGCUGUGAAUAUUCAUUUUGUUUCUUUUUUUUUGACUCAAAUUAUUUGAAUUAUGUAUUUUUUGGUUUACGAAAGCUGAUUUACAAAUAAUAAAUAUGUAAAUCUAUAAAGAUAUAUAAGGUAAUCUGUAAUGAAUCGAUUUUAAAAAAUCAUUUACCACUAGGAGACCACGUUAUUUGUGAGUGUCACAGGCUAUAUUUUAACCCAUAUUCUCAUGGGGACGAGAACUACGCGGGGAAACCGCGGGGCGUGGCUAGUUAAGUAUAUUUAUGCCAUCAUAUAAAGCGUCUGACGCGAAAUUAGUGCUUCCAACAGAAUUAUCAGUUCUGUAGAAGCGAUCUUUGUUAAUUUAAAAAAAAAUAUAUUGUUGGUUGUACACAGAGCGUGUGUAUGAUAAAUAUAUUUUUCUUACUUGAG